UUUAUUUAUCCUGUGUCAUGUAUGUUAUUUAGUAGCUACUAUUUUGAAAGGUUUUUUUUGGACUUCCGGCCUUCCAUCUUGUGCAAGCGGUUCCGUGGAAAUGUGAUUAUCAUGUUGAGAGCCAUCAGGGACGGCUGCUGGUUCCAACUGGUUCCAUUGAUGCUUCACCAUGAAUCACACAAGGAGGUUAAAGGGAGGUUAACAUCACGCACACCUCAAAAUUGGGCUGUGUACCAAGUUCAUCCAAGUUCGCAGCUCUUCUAUCAAACUGAAAUUUCAGUAAAAAAAAAAUUGCUGAUUGAUGUUUUUAAUUAUUCUACUUUCCAUAUAAAGCAAAUGUGUGGCAAAAACGAAUGCUGCUUCAAAUUCAAACUGAAUCAAUAUUUCUUAGAUCACAUACACAGUUGUAAAAAGUAUAAUGCAUAGUGUAUUGCCUGGACCAAUUUUGAAAUUAUUUCAACUCAAUGUUUGUAUGUGCGUGCGUGCGAAUGUAUGAAUGAGUUUUGCAGUACACCAUGACGGUCGCGCGGGGUCGCCUCAGCAGUGUACGGACAGUUAACUGUUUCUUUUUUUACACACACGCACACGCACACGUACACACACUCGUGUCUCUUCGUCCGUGUGUGGUUCUUGUCCGCAGUCUCCUUCUCAUCCCGCCCGUCCGCCGACACUGCGCUCCCGGCGCACACACCCAUCAAUCCACCGCUGUACGGAGCGCUCCUCUUUUCCAUUUACAGCAGCGCACAGCAUUAUGUGAAUGGCGGCAGAAAGCGUCCGAGUUGUCCAGGAGGAGCAGGAGGAGGAAGAGGAAGAGGCGGCGCAGUCAGAUCUCCCGCCACGCAGUCAGAGCCACAUUCAGUUCCCGCCCCGCCUAUUGGCUCACACCCGCAGCCUCAGCCACACGCACUUUGGCGCGGCCUCACAGAAAAAGCGCACCUGCCGCCUCACCCACAGCCUCUCUGCCAUGGCACGCGGGGAGAACGGCACCCACGGGGGGCUGGCUACGGCAGGAAAGAUGCUCAAGCCCACUGAGACGCUGUUAGAUGCCAAAGUCCCUCAGCAGACCGACUUAAGUCAAAAGCUAUCGGUGUGCAACAAGCUGUGUUUCGCCAUUGGCGGCGUCCCCAAAGAGGUUGCCGCCAGCGCCACCGCCUUCUUCCUGCAGAUUUACCUGCUGGAUGUUGCCCAGAUCAACGCCUUCCAGGCCUCUAUGGUGCUAUUUAUCGGAAAAGCCUGGGGCGCUGUGGUGGAUCCUGUGGUGGGCUUCUUCAUCAACAAGACCAAGUGGACCAGGAUUGGUCGACUGAUGCCUUGGAUGCUGGGCUGUACGCCGUUCCUGGUGGUGUCCUACUUCUACCUCUGGUACGUGCCCCCCUUCGCUUCUGGGAGGUUCGUGUGGUACCUUGGCUUCUACUGCCUCUACCAGACCCUCAUCACGUGCUACCACGUGCCUUAUUCCGCUCUCACCAUGUUCCUGAGCACAGACCAGCGGGAGCGCGACUCGGCUACCGCCUAUCGGAUGACUCUGGAGGUGUUGGGAACCCUGGCCGGUGCUGCUAUCCAGGGCCAGAUCGUGGCCAGUGCCCACAGACUCAAACACUGCCAGGGACACAACAGCACCAUUAAUGCAUUCAACAACAGCGGUGGGGCCGACGUGAUCCGGAGUUUGGUGCGCUCUGAAGAAUAUAUGUCACAUGCUGAAGUUUACAUGAUCGCUGCGGGUGUCAUCGGGGGAAUCUUCCUAGUAUGCACUGUGGUCAUGUUCUUGGGAGUCAAAGAAAAAGAUGAUCCAUACGCACCAAAGACGGAGAAGCAGAUUCCGUUCCACCGCGGCUUCAUCAUGGUGAUGCGUCACGGGCCAUACCUCAUUCUCACCGCCGCCUUCCUCUUCAUCCUGGUUGCCAUUCAGCUGGUGCAGAACAAUUUUGUCCUCUUCUGCACAUAUGCCGCCGACCUAAGGGAACACUUCCAGAAUAUCGUGCUGACCAUCCUGGUGUCUGCAGUAGUAAGCAUCCCUCUGUGGCAGUGGUUCCUGCAGAAGUUUGGGAAGAAGACAGCAGCUUUUUGCGGCAUUACGUGGUUCAUGCCCUUCACAAUGAUGCUGGUGUUCAUCCCCAACUUGGUGGUGGCGUACGUGGUGGCCGUGUCUUCCGGACUCAGCGUCGCCGCUUCGCUCCUUCUGCCCUGGUCCAUGCUUCCGGACGUGGUGGACGACUUUCGGCUGGCCAACCCGUACUGCAAAGGUCAUGAGGCCAUCUUCUACUCCUUCUACGUCUUCUUCACCAAGUUCGCCGCCGCUGUCUCGCUGGGCGUGUCCGCUCUGUGCCUGGAGUUUGCGGGGUAUGAAAACGGGGCCUGCAAGCAGCCGGUGGCUGUGGUGUUCACGCUUAAACUGCUCAUCGGUGCCGCUCCAGUGGCCUUCAUCAUCACAGGCCUCAUGAUCCUGCUCUUAUACCCCAUCACAGAAAAAGUGCGACUGCGCAAUAAACUACACUUGGAUGAGCUGUGGAAACAAAGCAGCACUUCCAGAAGUUCAGAUGUCUUGGGCGUGAUGUGAAUUGGGAAAAAAAUUCCGGACGCCGGACACUAUUCCAGCGGUGCAUGCUGGGAAAUUGAUUGGUGCCAUUGGUGUAUAUUACACUGGGAUUUGAUUUGUUUUUGACCGUGAACAUUUUUUUUGUUUCAACAUGUACUGUAUAGCAAUGAUAUAAUAAUAUGAUUAUCUAUACAAAUGAAUGUAUAACGGGGUUUAUCUCCCCCCCCCCCCGCCCCCUUUCCUUGCUGUGUCUCGUUGCUCUGCAAUACUGUUAUUUAUUAUUUAUAAAUCGUGUGAGAGUAUUACGACACGAUAAGGUGGCGAGGGCUUGAUGUUUGGUGACUUUGGUGAGGAAGAGAGAUGAGGAGAGUCAAGAAUAAGCCACAAAGCUAUGAAAAAAUAAUGUCUAUUUUUUUAAAAAAGAUAGUUGUGAUCUCUUCGUAGCAUUCUUCACCUACUUCUGUGUGUGUGUCGUUCUCUCGAUAGAUAGAUAGAUAGAAUGUGAUAUUUAACUUGCUCAAAAGGGAAAUAUUGUGCAAUCCAGAAGUUUUCCUUUUUUUAACCCCCAUUUUAUUUCAUCUCCAGUAGAUGUUGGACAAUCAGUGUGGAUUGAGGACAAUAUGAAUAACAUAUUUGGUGCUGAGACAAUCAGACCAAUGCGGUGUACACGUGUCAGAUCAAGUCUCGGGAUUGAGAUUGUGUACAUUCCCCUCUGAUUAUUAUUAUGAUGCCGAGAGCCCUGCAAUAAAACCCUCCUUUGUGAUUGC